AUGGAUCCCCCUCAAUCUAGUCCGUCAAUGUUCUCGGGCGCAGGUAAACGACGACGCUGCGAAGCCGAAGACUCGAAUACCCUUGCGGAACCAUCUGCGAAACGACAACAUCUUGACAGUGUCGACGCGAGUCAACCCGCAGUCGAGGAGCAACUCCCCUCGCCCGAAGUCACCAACUCAUCUGAGGGUCGUCAGCCCCAACGUGGUGAGAUUCUGUAUACCCCAUUGUCGCCCCAGAAGCCGCCGACCGACCUUCGCGGUGUUGCCGAUCCCAUCUCCGAAGAAUCUUAUACAUUCCUUGAAAGCCAAUCUCAAAAUCCACAAAUCCGUGAAUGGGUGUUGGGAACGGAGGGCUCGGGAGAGGACGACCCACAGCCACCGCCGAUUGAACCAUACCCUGAUCCAUACCCUGAAGCAUUGGUGGGGAUGCCGUCGGUCAAACGCAAGCCGUCCCAAGAAUCACUAGGUUCCGUUCCAUUGUACGCAGAUGACCUUGAGAGCAUCGCUUCUACCGACGCAAAGUCCAAUUUCUACAGUAGUCCUGCUUUUCCCACUCUCCUGGAACAACAUGGAACCUACAUGAAGGACUCCGCCAGUGGCCUUGACGCAGAGGAACUCGAGUUUUGUCAAGGGCUGCUUUCUACGAGCGUCCCCCACCCACCAAACUCGAUGCUGGAUGACGCGGUCUUCAUGGCAUUCUCCGAACUGACUUACAAUAAGUCUGAACAAUGGCUGGUGAAGAACAUGCAUUCACACCUCUUUCCGGCGCCCGAGCUUUUAGCAAUUCGUGGACACAAGGAGUUCAAAGAUCUCGGUCUCAUCGAAGCAUGUAGCGACAUGUGGCUACGAUCCAUUUUCCCGGCCUACGGGAAAUGUCCGCAACCGGACUCAACGAUUGGCUUCAAGUGGGAAAAGUUCUCGAGGAAAGAAGUUCUGAAACUAGGCAUCACUAUUGGAGCACCCUCCAAGUAUAUGGCCCGGGAUGAUAUAUUCUUCCCAUUCAUAACGCGUGAAGCCAAAUGCGACAAACAACCUCUCGAUAUCGCCGAUCGACAGAACGUCUACAGCAUGAGCGUUGCUCUCGACGGCGUCAUCGAUCUUUUUCGGAGAGCGGGCCAAUUGGAAGAACUCAAUGGCAAAGCUCUUGGGCUGUCAAUGUCUUACGACAAUAACACAGUGAGGAUUUAUGCCCACCAUGUGGUGACCAAACCUCAGGAGUCGCAAGGCCAGACCCCGCAGCAGCUGCCAAACCUCAGUACCAUGAAAUAUAGGACAAUUAUUGGCGGUGUAAGCUUGACUAACGAUGGAGGCAAAGAUCGUUGGAAGCCAUACGAUUUCUUUUACAACGCAUGCCUCAAGUUCUCUCGUCGGCAUCUUCAGCGAAUCAAGAUGGCAAUCGAGCGCCUUCCCGACCCAACCGCACCGCCAGUGCCACCGCCAUCCGUGCCAUCGGCGUCCUCCAUCGAUGAGUCCGGGCAGACUUCACAGACUGGCCAAGAUCCCCAAGGUGGCGAGGGCGUCUUCAAGAAGCCACGGAAUGGUGGUAUCAAUGGAGAACUUCGGAAACAACUAGCUUCGCUCGAGAGCCAGUUGGGGGGACUUCAGAGGCAAUUGGAAGAGCAAAAACAACGCGAGUCCACCCUUCAAGACCAACUCGCAAGGCAACAAGAGGACAGUAGAAGGCGCGAGGCCGCGCUUGAAGCGCAGCUGGACCGCAUGUUUCGAUUGCUGGAAAAUCGGAGUCAAUAG